AGCUCUUGGGUAUUGUAGUCCAAAAUACAGAAUACGCUGUCCCACUUUCUUUAAGACCUUGAAAAGCCUCAAUAAUCUUGUGCGCGAAGCCAGGUAGCGUCUUCAAGCUGAAUCUCCCACGGAGGCGUCGUCUAUAAAUACACAAACACACUCAGCCGCAGCUUGAUACCUGUCUUUCACAAUCAUCUCCAGAAGCGUCUACGACGUGAAAAGACGUGCCGACACACCGCGGCGUGCGCCGUUAUAAGAGCGACUGACCAGCCUCCAGCGAGCAAACAAGAAAUGUGUGCAAGUAUCUACAGGGCUGACUGGUGACUGAUACAACACGUCGAAGAUUUGUAAACACGGGGCCUUUUAAAACACAAACGAAGCGCGUUUUCCUGAAUGAGUCGCUGAGUGUCUGACAGCCUCGGUAAUCUGUGAAGGGCACACAUGGCCCACCGUGUGCACGACCAUCAGAGCCGCCUGCCCGUGGCCCAGGCCACCGUGCUGGCCCUGCCACCCUCCAAUCAAGCAAAAGACUUGAGGCCCAGAUGGACUGCUCUGGACUCCCUGCUGUGUGGUGCGUUUGCUGGAGCUGUGGCCAAAACGGUCAUUGCACCUCUGGAUCGGACCAAGAUCAUUUUCCAAGUGUCCUCAAAACGAUUCUCAGCUAAGGAGGCCUUCAGGCUCAUUUACUGUACGUACAUGAAGGAUGGCCUGCUCAGUCUGUGGAGGGGAAACUCUGCCACCAUGGUGAGGGUCAUGCCCUAUGCUGCCAUCCAGUUCUGCUCCCACGAACAGUACAAAAAACUACUGGGGAACUACUACGGCUACCAGGGAAAAGCUCUGCCUCCUUUCCCACGUUUCCUGGCUGGCUCUCUGGCCGGCACAACUGCUGCUAUGCUUACCUACCCUUUGGACAUGGUGCGAGCCAGGAUGGCAGUCACCGCCAGAGAAAUGUACUGCAACAUCAUGCACGUUUUUGUGCGGAUCUCCCAAGAGGAAGGCGUGAGGACCCUUUACAGAGGUUUCACCCCCACAAUCCUGGGUGUCAUCCCAUACGCAGGAAUCACAUUCUUCACAUAUGAGACCCUCAAGAAGCUACACACAGAAAAAACCAAGCGAUCCCAGCCUUACCCUUACGAGCGCUUGGCCUUUGGCGCCUGCGCAGGCCUGAUUGGACAAUCUGCCUCGUACCCUCUGGACGUGGUACGUAGGCGCAUGCAGACAGCCGGCGUCACAGGCUCAUCCUAUGGCACAAUUCUGGGGACCAUGCGUGAGAUUGUAACACAGGAGGGAGUGAUACGAGGACUAUACAAAGGCCUGAGCAUGAACUGGCUGAAAGGGCCCAUCGCUGUGGGGAUUAGCUUCACCACAUUCGACAUCACGCACAGCCUUCUGCUCAAAUUGCAUCAGAUGGGCUACUUCACCCACUGAGUCAGUGAGCAGCAACAGAGGGGGAAGAGAAAAGCACAGAUGAGACUGGCAUGAGGAAGGUGGUCAAGUCUGUUGUAUGGCAAUAAUAAGUCUCUGCACUCAGUGCAGGGCCAUCCUGCUGCACACUCCUGUUCCCUUCAGACAGGAUGUCAGAGGAGUGGAUGAGUGUGGGCGAGAGAUGUGUUGUGCACACAGAAACACAGCACCUCAAACUUUUGGGAAACGCAGCUGAGUGAGGAGACAAAAAAAAGUGUCUUUAAAUUGUCGUUCACACAAUCGCAACAUUUUGAAAUUAUGGUACCACCACGGUGGCUGAAGUGAUUAACGGUAGAACAGUGAAUAACAACUGUUUUGUUUUUGCUACAUGUACACGGAGGACUUAUUUGUGUUGUGUUAAUACGUUAAGGCUCGCACUUUAUUACAUCUACAAUGUUCUUUCAACUUAAUCCUGAAUCAACAGAGAGAACUCUGUUUUUAAUCACUUGUAUUUCUUUGGAUUUGGAUUUUAUUUUUAUCAUUGUUUUUUUUUUCUCUUUGAUUGUUUUAAAUAGCCCAGUCAUGCAGGGUGUAUGAGCUGUAACAAAAGGGUGAUUAUGCAAUAUGUUUUGUUUUUAAGUUUAAAUUUUAUGAUGGUGCCGAUGUUGAUUCAACUGAAAUUGAUGGAACAGAAUUGUAGGAGGGUGAUGAUGUCAGCAGGACUGCACAGUUUCACUGUCCAUCCAGCACUGAGGGUGUGUGGUACAAUAUCAUAAUGUCCAAUAAGUGAAACUUAAUCAAAUAUAAGAAAUUAAUCUAUGUAUAUUACAGAUUUUGAAUUAUAUACAUAUCUAUAAAGAUUUCAUUUUUAUACUGUGCUCACAUUGUUGUGCAGAUUUAAUUAUUGCUUUUACUUGAUUGUAAAGUACUGUUUAACUAAAACAUCUAAACAUGCCAAAGCACUUAACUCUGUCAUAAGUGUCAUGUUACACAAUGAAAAAUCAUAUUUUCUCUGCUAAUGUACAUUUAAGUAUUUCCAGAGAUGUAAGUCUACAGUUGUUUCAAGCAUAACUGACCAUGCAAUAAAGAGUCCAUCCACAA